UUGGCUGUGCGACCAAUUCCAGGGCGCUUUGCGGGACUCCAUAGCCGAACAUGGGGUUCAAUUUUGUCACCGUUUGCGCAAAGCGACUCUGAAGAUUAAAAGUAUGGAGAAGCGCUUCUGAGGGAGGACGAUGAGUCGCUUUCUGUGAAGAAUUCAGUCAUCUCCAUCCGAGCGAGCCUGCCAGAAAACACAGAAGGAGAGGGAAAAGGACAGAAGGGAGGCUUUUACUGGAAACUCGACUUUCUCAGUCCUCGGACCCCUCUGUGCUCCCCGAAGGACUCUGGGAACCCAGUCCAAAAGUUUCAUGCUGAAUAUCCCUGCGUUUAUCUGAGGUCCAGGGUGUAAGGGGAGCAGCAGGACUCGGAGCUCCAAUGCCAGUGGACAUGCAGCCACACCAGGGGCUGUAUUACUAUGAGACGUCACCCGGCCAGCCCCCCAGAGGAAUAGUCCCAUCAGAGCAGUCUCCCUACAGUGAUGUGUCUUCGCUGCGUGCUCCGCUGAUCGACGCCCCUCCCCAGGACUGCCACGCCAUGUAUAAUCCCAUGACUCACGGAUCCGGUCCCGGCCAGGGGAUUGGCCACUGUUUGGAUCCAUAUAUGAGGCCCCCACAAGCUCCACCGCCACACAGUAUGAUGGGCCACAGGGGCAUGCCGCCCACAGAGGGAGGCAAUAGCACCCCCUACUGCAAUCAGAACAACAUGAUGUCGUCGCAUCACAACUUCUGCCAGGUCCAGCCCGGCUCUGAUCAGAUCGGGUCCGCCGAUGGCUCUAGGUUCUCAACACCUCGUUCCAUGCUCAAGCUGAGUAAAAAGAGAGCUCUGUCCAUCUCUCCUCUGUCUGAUGCCAGCGUAGACCUGCAGACGGUCAUCCGGACCUCACCCAACUCCCUAGUGGCCUUUGUCAACUCUCGCUGCAACCCCAACGGGGCCAGCUCCUAUGGGCACCUCUCUGUGAGCGCCAUGAGCCCGUCGAUGGGUUAUUCCAGCAACAUAAAUUGCCAGUCCAGACAACAAGGCUCCAUGUAUGGAGGGGUGACACCUAUGGGUGGACACACACCAGGUCCCUGCCAAGCUUCCCGUUUACCUCCCCACAAUCCUCGGCUCCACGCUCCGCCCAAGCAUGGACAUCUGAAGACAGAGCCAGGACUGGGAGGUGUGAUAGACGGCAUCAAUGUGAAGAGCCUGGAGGAGAGGUCAGAGGGAGAUGUAGCCAGUCCCUCUUCCACUGGUACUCAGGAUCCUCUCCUAGGUCUACUGGAUGGCAGAGAUGACCUGGACAAAGAGGAUGGGAAGCCUGAACCAGAGGCCGUCUAUGAGACCAACUGUCACUGGGAGAGCUGCAACAAGGAAUUUGACACACAAGACCAGCUAGUUCAUCACAUCAAUAAUGAGCACAUCCACGGAGAGAAGAAGGAGUUUGUUUGCCACUGGCAGGAGUGCUCUCGAGAGCAGAGGCCCUUCAAGGCCCAGUACAUGCUGGUGGUUCACAUGCGCAGACACACAGGAGAGAAGCCGCACAAGUGCACUUUUGAAGGCUGUAACAAGGCCUAUUCUCGUCUGGAGAAUUUGAAAACCCACUUGCGCUCUCACACCGGGGAGAAACCGUAUGUGUGUGAACAUGAAGGCUGCAACAAAGCCUUCUCCAAUGCUUCGGACCGUGCUAAGCACCAAAACCGAACUCAUUCCAAUGAGAAACCUUAUGUAUGUAAAAUCCCUGGUUGCACUAAGCGGUACACAGAUCCAAGCUCUCUGCGCAAACAUGUGAAGACGGUACAUGGCCCUGAGGCCCACAUCACUAAGAAGCAUCGCGGAGACACCGGCCCUCGACCUCCUGGUUCAGCUAUGACACCCGGAGGCCCAAACUCUGAACUGUUGAUGGAGAAAGAAGAGACACGCAGAGAAGACUGCAAACUGUUGGCCCCUGAGACUGCUCUGAAAUCCCAGCCAAGUCCUGGAGGACAAUCAUCCUGCAGUAGUGAACGUUCUCCACUGGGGAGCGCCAACAACAACGACAGUGGCGUGGAAAUGAACCUUAAUGCAGCGGGCAGCCUGGAGGAUCUAACAGCACUGGAAGAUGGAGUGGCAGGUGGUGGAGGAGGGGGGGAACCGGGAACAAUGGGGAUGUCAGCACAGGCCCUGAAGAGGCUGGAGAACCUGAAGAUUGACAAGCUCAAGCAAAUCCGCAGGCCAACGCCUCCUGGCCGCUGUGCUAGCAACAAGCUUCCAGCUCUUCCUGGUUCAGGGGAAAAUAUGGGAAUGUGUGCACCUUCUCCACUACUCUCAAAUCGACGGGUUAUGGAGCUUUCCAACCACGAGCUUGGAGGGGGAUCAAUUGCCUGCUCUACUAACGAUAGGAGAGGAAGUGGCACCAGUAGCCUUAGCUCCGCCUAUACCGUGAGCCGUCGUUCAUCCAUGGUGUCACCUUACCUCUCCAGCCGGCGCUCUAGUGAGGUCUCACAAAUGGGAGGAACAGCAGGUGGAGGAUGCCACCUUCUAGGCCCAGAACAGCCUGGGGGAGACCCCCUCUCUCCUGAAACAAAUCGCAGAGGAGCCCCAUGUCAUGGAGGAGGCGGGUUGCCUGGUCUUCCUAAUUUAACACCUGCCCAGCAGUACAGCCUAAAGGCCAAAUAUGCUGCCGCUACUGGUGGACCCCCGCCUACACCGUUACCAAAUAUGGAGCAACCAGGUACCCCAGGCAGAAGGGGCGUUUUGAGUGAGUACCAGGGGCAGCCCCUGCCUCCCUUCCUUCAACAAAUUGGGCCUCGUAGGCACAGUGCCAAUACAGAGUAUGGAACUGGUGUUAUUUACCCUCACCAGGCUCCGGGUAACGGCACCAGACGAGCCAGUGACCCAGUUCGAUCUGUUGCAGAUCCUCAAGCUCUCCCCAAGCGCUUUAAUAGCCUCAAUAAUGUUGCCAUGAUGAGCCGAAGGAAUGCACUGCAACCACGUGGCUCUGACACCAGCCUUGCCCGCCACAUGUACUCCCCUCGGCCACCCAGUAUAUCAGAGAAUGUGGUGAUGGAGGCUAUGGGCAUGGAACCUCAUCUCGCUCCUGCUGCCAGGGAUCGUUCCAUGAUGAUGCCCCCUGGAGAGAGAAACUUCAUGGGUUACCAGCAACAGAAUCAGACCCUUGGAGGAGUUGGAGGUGGUGGUCCCAUUUCAAACCAACUCUCCCCAAGCCAUGACUCUCUGAGCUGCCCAGACCAGGGCUACAUGCAGCGCCACUAUCAGAGCCAGGGAGGGGAAGUCAAUUCCAGGGCCGGUGGAAAUCCAAUGGGCCAGGCAAGGCCUGUUCAGUCAGAGGGCAUGUCAAAUACACUUCUCCAACAGGCUGAAUACGGUAUGAGCACGUGCCAGCUCAGUCCUUCAGGCCCACAUUACCCUAACAUUGGCCAGGGUGGUGAUUCUGGAGGCCCUUGGAAUGAUACUCACAGCCAAGUCCAAACUCCCAGUCAUGCUCUUCAGAGCCAGAGAGGAAUGCAGUACUCAGAUCCUAACCUGCAGCCUCAGACUCAGGCCCACUUCAACAAUCAGACAGGUCUCUACAACAGUUCGGAUGGGACCCACAAACUCAUCAUUAAGCCUGAGCAGCAGUUCCAUCCUGGGAUGGGGGGUGGAGAUGCCUGUCAAAAUACUAAGCUCCAUCAGCAACGGAUGCUCCUUCAGCAGACACAGGGCUACCCGCAACAGGCAGGCCAGGUAAUGAUGAGGAACUCUAACAAUCCCAGCUGUGACUUUCAAGGGCAGAACCAAAACUCUUUUCCCAGUGGAGGGGGAUUGAGCUUGGGCUGUGCUGGCUCUGCACUGUCUGAUGGCCAGAGGUCAGAAACACCAAUGAUGCAGGUAAAAGAGAUGAUGGUGAGGAGCUACGUACAGUCCCAGCAAGCACUCAUGUGGGAGCAGCAACAAGAACAGCAACAGCAGAGUGGAAUAAAGCCUCCUCCUCUUUCUGACAGUAUGGAUCUAAGUGGCCAGACAGCGAUGAUGCAACACAGUCCACAGCACCAAAACCAGAACCUUUACUCCAGCCAGACCUAUCCUUCAUAUCCCAACCAGAAUCUGGUAAUGAGCCCUACAGCCCACAACCGAGGGUCCAGCUCAGUGACGACUAAGGACCAGCAGCUCACAGGUCUCCAAGGUUCAUGUUAUAACCAGGAGAUGGCGGUCCCCAGACCUCCUCAGGGACGGAAACCUCUGAGCCGCCAGAAUAGUAUGUCACAGGUAGGCAGCUACCUUGGCAGCCCACCACACCUCAGCCCCGGCCACUCCACUUCCAGCCCUAGACGAGGGGUCCGGCUUCCUCCUGUCCAGCAUCCACAGCACCCACAAAAUGAAAUGUUCUCUCCUUCCAACAACAACAACAUGUAUUACACAGGUCAGAUAAAUGUCGAUAUGGAUAAACACAUGGACCCUCAGAAUGGACCUUGUCUCAACCAGCAGCAGCACAGUAUGGUGUCUAAUCUGGACCCAACAGGUAGCACAAAGUCUGCCCCCAUGGCUCCCUAUCCUGAGUCUGGCCCCAUUUCAAAUGCCUUAGAAAACCUGGACCUGGACAAUGCUCGUAUAGACUUCACUUCCAUUAUAGAUGACGCUGACUCUUCCUCGUUCAGUCCUGUCAACAAUCCCCUUCAGGGUCAGCCCGGAUCAUCCUCCCAGGCCUCGUCCCGUCUCACCACCCCCCAGACUUCUGUCAGCCUUGCAGCAGGUUCUGGCCUCUCUAACAUGGCUGUGGGUGACAUGACAUCCAUGCUUACCUCACUGGCUGGGGAGAAUAAAUACCUGAACACACUGUCUUAGAAAAAGACUCUUGGGCAGCUAAGCGUACAUAUUGGUCUAACAAUCAAAUAUUUGCCUUGACCAGGUUUCCAUGUAACCAGUUUGUUUAAAAACUCAACUGUCAUCUUACAUCUGAUUCUUAUAGUGAUAUUGAUUUUUUCAUUGCAAGAAAAUUCCGCCUACUAAAAAUUUAUGAAUGGAAUGUUUCAUGUAAGGCAUCCAUAGUAUGUCAUCUUUCAUACAUACGCCUCAUAUGUAUGCCUUCCUUUUUAUGUAAAUCUAACACAUUAAGUCUAACUCAAGCCAGAAUCCUGAAUCUACUGGAUACUCCACAGAUAAAACAGAUAAAACAAGACAAAGCUACUAAUGCAGCCCCGCCACAAAUUAGAGAACUAUACAAACCCACUCCCAAAAACCUUAAAACCAAAGGUGCCUGAUCAGCCUCCCUCACUGUAUUGUUCCCCUGCUGCCUUGGUACUUUUCAGUGCCUUAAUGUAAGACACAGAGCUAUUUGCCUGAUAUAAAUUGAUGAUACUCAACUUUUUUCCUAAACAGGCAUUCCAGUCACGGAGGGCUUUGGCAACAGUGGAGCAGAGAAGGAUCUAUGUAAAUAGGUUUUUAUAUAUAUAUAUAUAUAUAUAUAUAUAUAUAUAUAUAUAUAUAUAUAUAUAUAUAUAUACAUACAUAUAUAUAUAUAUAUAUAUAUAUACACACACACACACACACAGUAUGUUGUGUACAUGACAUUGGAUAAUCAUCCACUGUCUUUACAUGGACUGCUUGGAUUCUGAAUGUUCAGCCGAUGGUAGUAAAAUGGUGGUUUGAAGAGACGAGAAAGACAUGCUUUUAGUGAAAACUUUUUCUCGGUGCUACUAAGUAUUCAUCUGUAAUGCUAGGGAUUUCCUCCUUGUCAGGAACAGCACAAUCUGUACCAGUAUUUCCACACAUGCACAGAUGCAAAUUCACACACAUAGUAUCCCCGCACACAUGCCCACACACACACACACACACACACACAGACACUCAGGACUUGUUUGAUUCUUUAUUCACGUGUAUGUUAUAAUUGCCUUUCCAGACAGAGAGUUUGCACUCCACAUGUUUACUGUAAGUGUUCCUAAAGCAGCUGUGUACUUUUUUUCGGUGUUUAUAACUGCGAAACAGAAAUCCUUCCCCAUCCUUUCUAAGGUGCAUACAAUGAGCAAAGCUGAAACAUAACUUGUAUCAACAAUCACUGUCACGUGACAGUAUGUCAGAUAUAUUGAAAAACAAUGCCUUUGUUCCAGAUUAAACUGACCUAUGACUCUUACACGAGUCAGCGGAGAUUGAUGGCUGUCAUGUUGUUGAAUGUGGUCAUCUGGGUUGUAUCUAGUGGAUCUACAAUAAUUACCUAAUUUUGAGGUACAUUGCUAGGAAAGUGUUGCUGUACUUUUACUCUAAUCCCAAAGAUUGGACAAUUCUGCAUUACUAAUUCACGAUAAGGCAGCAGGAAACAUGCAUUUCAUCAUUUUACUACCAUUGUAGUAAAAUACGAUUGCAUGAGUACACUGAGGUACUUUUGCGUAACUAUUGAGCUGUAUCAUCAAGCUACAGCUCUUUGUAGGAAAGCUAAUUUUAUACUGUGGCUUUGCACUGACUACAGCACUGUGUGGAAAGGUCCCUGUCUCUUAUGACUAUUCAUAUGAACCUCAUUUUGAUAACAAUAAAGAAUUACAACAGUAUUUUUUUUUUUUUUUUUUUUUAAAUAGUCAUUCAAGAGCACAUCUGCGCACACGCACGCCGAGUCAGGCCACAUUAAAGUAUUGCUAAAGCAUUUCAUGUGACUUUUCAGAGUAAAAUAGUAGUGUAGCAAAGAUCACUAGGCAAUAGCAGAAAUGAACGUUUCUUCAUUUUGGAAAAAGUGCACAACCUACCAAAGACACCAAAAAUGACUGAGUAAAAGAUACACAAAUAGUCUGUUUUAACAAAACACUAACACUAGCAAUAAGGGCAUGAACAUUGACCGAUAGUGCUGUUCUUUAGAAUGUAUGAGAUGUUUGGUAUAAAUCUAUCUUUUUAUAUUAAUGAACUUCAUGGAUGUUGCCUUUUGUGUGUUUGUAUUUGCCUUUUUUUUUAUAGCUGUCAUUCUUCAUUCUGACUUUUUUGCUGGCAAAAGAAUAUCACAUUUAGCAAAAGAAAGCUAUAAUAGUAGCAAUAACUAUAUUAGAUAAAAGCCAAGUGUUAUAUUUUGUGUACAAUUUUUUACAUUUUUAUAAUAUGUGCUAUAUUUUACCAUUUUAUGAAUAAACUUGUUCAGUUUGGGAUGGAAGCAGAA